UGCGCCUGCGCGGCCUGUCAGGCUGCUGACCAGCCUGCGCUGCAGCGUCCUGACCGUCCAGGCCGGGCCGGACCAGAGGCAGAGCCUGCCUCGUCCCACCCACCAUGGCCGAGCCGGCCUACAGCCGCUUCGUCGACCACACCAAGAUGAAGGCCGAGAUGCCUGACCUGGGCCCCAGGGAGCUGGCGAGCACCGAAUUCCCAGAGCUGAAGCAGCUGGCCCGCCAGGGCUACUGGGCCAAGAGCCACAGCCUGCGGGCUGAGGUAUACCGGAAGCUGAUCCGGGCCAUCCCCUGCCGCACGGUGACCCCGGACGCCAGCGUGUACAGUGACAUUGUGGGUAAGAUAGUGGGCCAGCACGGCCCCGGCACCCUCCCCCUGCCCGAGUUCGUGGAGAGCAGCCUGGUGCCCAGCUACUGCCUGACGACCGAGGGCGCCGAAGCUGUGCGCAAGAUCCUGCUGUGCCUAGCCAACCAGUUCCCCGACAUCUCCUUCUGCCCGGCGCUGCCAGCUGUGGUGGCCUUGCUCCUGCACUACAGCACGGACGAGGCGGACUGCUUUGAGCAGGCCAGCCGCAUCCUGGCCUGCAACGACCCCAGCCGGCGCCUGCUGGACCAGAGCUUUCUGGCCUUUGAGUCGUCCUGCCUGACCUUCGGCGACCUGGUCAACAAGUACUGCCAGGCGGCCCAUAAGCUGCUGGUGGCCCUGUCCGAGGACGUGCUGCAGGUGUACUCGGACUGGCAGCGCUGGCUUUUUGGGGAGCUGCCCCUCAGCUAUGUGGCCCGCGUCUUUGAUGUCUUCCUGGUGGAGGGCUACAAAGUGCUGUACCGGGUGGCCCUGGCACUCCUCAAGUUCUUCCACAAGGCCGGGGGGCCGGCAGGGGGCACCGCCGCGGCCCCGGGCCGCGUGCAGCAGGACAUCCGGGCCUUCGUCAGGGACAUUGGUAAGACCGUGUCGCCCGAGAAGCUCUUGGAGAAGGCCUUCGCUAUCCGCCUCUUCUCCCGCAAGGAGAUCCAGCUGCUGCACAUGGCCAACGAGAAGGCCCUGAAGCAGAAGGGCAUCACCGUCAAGCAGAAGAGUGUGUCCCUUUACAGAAGGCAGUUCGUGCACUUGGCUGUCCACGCAGAGAACUUCCAGUCAGAGAUCGUCAGCGUGAAGGAGAUGCGAGAUAUCUGGUCCUGGCUGCCUGAGCGCUUCGCAUUGUGUCAACCCAUGCUGCUCUUCUCCAGCCUGCAGCACGGCUACAGUCUGACCAGAUUCUAUUUCCAGUGUGAUGGCCAUGAGCCAACCCUGCUGCUCAUCAAGACCACGGAGAAAGAGGUGUGCGGGGCCUACUUGUCAACAGACUGGAGCGAGCGCAACAAGUCUGGGGGAAAACUGAGCUUCUUUGGCACUGGAGAAUGCUUCGUGUUCAGACUGCAGCCAGAGGUGCAGCGUUACGAGUGGGUGGUGAUCACGCACCCCGAGCUGACCAGAGCCACCGAAUCUGAGCCGGGGGCGUCGGCGCCUCAGCUCCCUGCUGCCUCUGGGCUCGAUCCCUCAGACCGCCUGUCACCCUUCUUGGCCACUCGGCACUUCAACCUGCCAUCCAAGACAGAGUCCAUGUUUAUGGCUGGCGGCAAUGACUGCCUCAUCGUGGGGGGUGGCGGUGGCCAGGCCUUGUACAUCGAUGGAGACCUGAACCACGGCACGACCAGCCACUGUGACACCUUCAACAAUCAACCCCUGUGCUCCGAGAGUUUCAAGGUUGCCGUGAUGGAAGUGUGGGGCUUCAAAGACUUCGUCACACAGGGAACACAGUAAUGACUCUGUUUUGGGGAUUUCCCCAACUCCCCCAAGCUCAACGAGGAAGAGACCGCCCUGCCACCCAGCCAGUGCAAUAGCCAAGGCUGGCGGCUCCAGCCGGCUUCAUCCGUGGUCCGGUAGUCAGCCUGGACAUGGUGUGGCUACAUCAGCCACUUGUCUGUCUUGUGGGUGGUACUUGGUUUGUGGGAGGACGAGCUCUUGGGCCCUAGUGUCUGCCCUGUUCAUGUCAGGUUUUUGGUGAUGCUCAGGAGCUGUGUAGCCUCCGUGAUACUGUGAACCCCAAGCCCUGUCCCUCAAGGACCAACCCACUUCCUUAUUUCAGUUUCAUUCCCCUCUCCCUGGGGGGAUAAGAGAAGGGGGGGGCUGCUGCACACCAGGUGUGGCCCCACCCACCUCUGGCACCCAGACCAGAUGGCUGACAGCUGAGUCUUGGGGCCCAGCUCUGAGAAGACAGGGCAGUCAGUGAUAACCCAGUCCUCCCUCCCCAAGCUGCAGCCUGGCAGGGAGGAGAGAGGCCAGCACAGGCUCCUCAGGAGAGUUUCAAACUCCACCUCUGGCUGGUAACUGGCCAACGUCCCCAGCCGUCCACAAGUUGAAUGCUACCCAGGCAGAUUAACCUCCUCAAACCCUCAGCAACCGGCCCAGACCAGCGUCGCUGCCGUGGGUACUGGGGCCCAUCCCCGUGCCUGUCCUGACCACUAGCGUAAGCACUGGUCACAGGCCACUGGUCCACCCUUGCCAAAAUACUGAGAAACGGAACAGGGGUCUGAACUGGAGCCUUCAUGUUUCUCUGUAAUUGCCCAGGUGCUGCCUGCCAGCAUUAGCAUAGGGACCCUUCCCUCCUUCUCCCCUUCCAUCCUCCCAUCCCACCCCACACAGGUGCUGUUGGCAUUUCUCAGAUGUUGAUCUCCAUGAAUGUAACCCUGACCCUGGGCUGACAAGCAGCCGGCACAGGUACCAGCCUCCCCUUCCUUCCCCUCCCCUCUCUCCCUGGGCAGCCUGUAUUCUGCUGGGCCGGGAGGAGGCAAGUGGCUUCAGAACAUGUGCCCUGCACCUACCCCACUGGGGGAGCUUUCGUGGGAUUGUUCUCUGCGCCUUCUUGCCCUGAUGUGAGGGUGGGUGGACGCUGCCUGAUCUGAGCCCCAGCUGGAGGUGAGGGGGCCUCACCCCCACCACUAGUUCCGAAGCCCAGGGUUUCGUGGUGGCGGGGGUUGGGGAGGCUGAGCCUCCAGGCUGCAUCUCGCCCCCUGGCUGUGCCACUCAUGUCCCCAGCUCCAAUGGUGGGGUGCCCCAUCUUCCACAGGGAUGGCGUUUGGGCUCGUGUUGGCCUGUCUGUGCCCCAGGAUUGCCCUGCCACUGCCCCAGGGCUGAGUUGGCCAGGUCCUCUCUCUGCUCUAUCUUGUCCCGGCCGGUGCCCCGUGCCCAGCUGUGCCGCUGCUGAGUGGCGUAGGGUGCGGUCCCACUGUGUGGACUCUGCUGCUUCCUGGUGUCAGUCCAGGGCGGCUCCUCGUGGGGUGCCAGGGUUGGGUGGGACCCACAUAUCUACCCCUACAUCUGGGGUGUGAAACCAGCAUGGGAGUCAUUCCUCCCCUCCUCCCCAGAUCCAGGGGACCACCACACAGCCCCCAUUUUCUGGGUGGUCAGAAGGUGCUCUUCCUCCUCCUAUUCCUUGUCUGUGCUGUAUCGCCUGCCUCACCAGUGGAGCCUGCCCUGCUGGGCAGCUGACCAUGUAUUUGCCCCUGUGCAAAAGAAAUUGAAUGAAUAAAAUGCAGAAUGUGAGAUA